AUGGUCAGCAAAAAUAUAAUCAGGCAUAUCAGUCGAAGAGGUAGCUUAGAUACUCACAAACAGGUUCAUACAGGGGAGAAACCCUAUCACUGUGAUAUUUGUGGUAAAUCAUUCUCUCAAAGUAGUAACUUAACAAACCACAAACGUAUUCACACAGGGGAGAAACCAUAUCACUGUGAUAUCUGUGGUGAAUCAUUCUCUGUUGGCAGUAGCUUAACUACGCACAAACGGGUUCAUACAGGAGAGAAACCAUAUCACUGUAAUAUCUGUGGUAAAUCAUUCUCCGAAAGCAGCAGCUUCACUAAACACAAGCGUAUUCAUACAGGGGAGAAACCCUAUCGCUGUGAUAUCUGUGGUAAAUCUUUCUCAGAAAGAUGUAGCUUAACUAACCACAAACGUAUUCAUACAGGGGAGAAACCAUAUCGCUGUGAUAUUUGUAGUAAAUCAUUCUCUAAACACAGUCACUUAACCAACCACAAACGUAUUCAUACAGGGGAGAAGCCAUAUCGCUGUGAUAUUUGUAGUAAAUCAUUUUCUCAGAACGGUCACUUAACUCAACACAAACGUAUUCAUGCAGGGUAGAAACCAUACCCCUGUGAUAUCUGUGGCAAAUCAUUUACGCAAAAUCAUUUCUGAUUUAAACAAGUCUUUCCUUAUGAAGUGGGUCCAUAACACAGUGAUAUUUCUUGUACAACAUUUCCUCAGAAGGACAAAGGACGUAUCUUAUAAAGACAUCCACAGAAUAUAGAAACUAUAUGAAUGUGACAUCUAUGGUAAAUCUUUGACAUGAAAUCAUCCAUUAUUGAAUCAAAAGAGCAUUGACAGAGGAAGGAAAACAUAUCACUGUGAUGUUAAACCUGAAUCAUUCUUUCAAAAUGGUGAAUUAAUUAUACACAGUCCUGUUAAUAUGAAGAAUAGCCAUACCCUAAGAUAUCUGAUAAUGAUCAAUUAUAACAUAAAUGAAUUCAAAUAGAAGCGGAACCAUAUCACUACGAUGAUGAUGAUCCUCAUCAUUUAACAUUCACUUUUACAUUCUUCUAUGGAUCACAUUGAAUUCAUUGAUACCUUCCCUGUUUCCAAGCAAGGAAAUAUUUUCCCUGGUGAGACAUAUUUUACACAGAAGACUGGAAAUGAACAACUACACAAGUAUGACGGUCAUGAUGGCCAUUUACGGACACCACAUAAUAUCUGGACAAGGGUGCACACACACACACACACACUUAUGUGUAUCUGAAGAUUUUAUGAUAGGAAAUAUCUUAUAUGUUUUCUACACAUCUAAUAGUUUGUAAUUCCUAUUAGGCAAUGAAACACAUGUAAUGCUGAAUAAAUAAUAUCAAACUUUU